AUGACACUCACUCUUUCAACCCGACGCGACGCUUUUAAAGAUGCCUCGCACACAACAGAGCUCGCUGGUUACCCUCUCCCAGACAAAGAUUGGUAUCGCCACAGAAACAAUAACGGCGAGUAUGCCGCUGUGACUUUCACCAAAGAGAAAUCUAUUCAGGGCUUCAACCUCACUUGUAGCAAAUACUACAUCCUUCGCGAUGCUCUCGUUCCCCUCCUUCACAAAGACGACAUAUACAAGAAGAGGUUCAAUGAUGCUAAUGUCAAACAUGAUGACCUCUGGCCAAUAUUUGUCACAAUAUGCGAGCAUGAUCUUGUCCAACACCCCACUCAUAUAGGAUGGAAGCACGAUAUGCUCUUUCGAUGGUUCAAAACAACAGCAGAGACUUUCCCUUUUCUCCCAGCAGACCAUUGGAAAUGGGGUCGUAGCGACCUCUCUCCGAAGAAGGGAUCACCCUAUAUGCUAUACAAGCUUGUUAGCAUUAGGUUUGAAGACGAAGGUGGAAAGGUGGCUAUUGUUCGACUAGUAGACCUUGCCGAUGACGCCGUGAGGCCGGUAAUGGGCAACAGGAUCGAUAUGAAUCCAUCUGAUAGUUCCUUUGAUCGACUCGUCAAAAUCCUCCUCGACAAUGAGUCCAUCAACUACCAGAAGGGGUCCAAGAUCAAGUUCCUCCAUCUGUUAAGAGGCAACGUUUACGUCGCUAUUGAAACCGACAAGCAGCUCUCAUAUGCAAUUAAGCAACUUCGAAUCCGAGGGACAAGCAAAAUCGAGAUGAGAGUGGUGGGCGUUGAUGUAGAGGAUGAAUGA